CCCACCAGGCUGCGGUGGUCUGCUCUGAGCGGCUGAUGUGGCGUUCAGUCCCGCUGGAGCUGCUCGGUCUCUACCUGCUGGAUGACUCUGGUACCACAUCAUCCACCACAGGACGCCAUAUUAGACCGAGCAGCGUAGCCAGGAAGCGGAGCGGUCCUCUGGAUGGCCCGGCUGCUCCGGUCCGUGUAGUCCGGCUGAAAAAAAGCUUCUUUUGGUCGACAAGUAACCGAGUUGAAACUGCCGAGGCGGGAGGACUGUCGCCGUUUUCACCCGACACCCGAGGCAUGACUUCCUUAACUCAGAGAAGUUCGGGCCUCGUGCAGAGGCGAACGGACGCCUCGCGCAACGCCGCCGACAAAGACCGUGCGCCCGGCCUGGAGGAGCACGAGAACCGGCAAGGAGACGAGCAGGAGGACGACGACACGAGCGAUUCCAAAGAAACACGCCUCACCCUGAUGGAAGAGGUGUUGUUGUUGGGCCUGAAGGACCGAGAGGGCUACACCUCGUUCUGGAAUGACUGUAUUUCCUCCGGAUUACGGGGGUGCAUGCUGAUCGAGUUGGCCCUGAGAGGACGGUUGCAGCUGGAAGCUUGCGGCAUGAGGAGGAAAGGUCUGCUGGCCCGGAAGGUGAUGUGUAAAUCCGACGCUCCGACAGGUGACGUCCUCCUGGAUGAAGCUUUAAAACACAUCAAAGACACGCAGCCACCGGAAACGGUGCAGAGCUGGAUCGAGCUGCUGAGCGGAGAAACGUGGAACCCCCUGAAGCUCCAUUACCAGCUGAGGAACGUCCGUGAGCGUCUGGCCAAGAACCUGGUGGAGAAAGGCGUCCUGACCACGGAGAAGCAGAACUUCCUGCUCUUCGACAUGACCACCCAUCCUCUAACCAACAACAACAUCAAGCAGCGCCUCAUCAAGAAGGUCCAAGAGGCCGUUCUGGAGAAGUGGGUCAACGACCCCCAUCGGAUGGACAAACGUCUGCUCGCCCUCAUCUUCCUGGCCCAUUCCUCGGAUGUUUUGGAAAACGCAUUUGCCCCCCUGCUGGACGACCAGUACGACCUGGCCAUGAAGAGGGUCCGCCAGCUGCUGGAGCUGGAACCCGAAGGAGAGAGCAUGAAGGCCAACGCCAACGAGCUGCUGUGGGCCGUGGUGGCCGCCUUCACCAAAUGACCUCCGACCGGAACGCCACCCAGUCUCUGAGACAGAACGCCGUUCCGCUGCUCCAGUCUGACCGAAGGAACGUUGUUCAUCCCCUCUGGUCCCGACAAGAGGAACGCCGUUCAUCUGGUCCGGUUCCGACAGGAAGGAACGCCGUUCAUCUGGUCCGGUUCCGACAGGAAGGAACGCCGUUCAUCUGGUCCGGUUCCGACAAGAGGAACGCCGUUCAUCUGGUCCGGUUCCGACAGGAGGAUUCCGACAGGAGGAACGCCGUUCAUCUGGUCCGGUUCCGACAAGAGGAACGCCGUUCAUCUGCUUUGGUCCGGACAAGAGGAACGGCUAGCCGCUGCUCCAGUUCUGGCAGAAGGAACAUUGUUCAUCGGCUCCGGUUCAGAAGGAAUGCCGCUCAUCUUUGGAAAGAAGAAUUUCUGGAAUGAUUCUUUAUCUGUGUUCCUUAAUUUUUUUUCCCUUAUUUUUCUUACGCUCCGUAUCCCGGUUUAUCCUCCACAUCCCAUCUCUGUGUUCUCUACCAGAACAUAAUGGUCCUCAUGGAAGUCUGAGGGGGUUUCUCUCCCUCCAGGUAUCUUCCAGGUGUAGACUCCAGUAACACCAGGAGGAUGGAGACAGCUGAACCACUCAGGAAGAUCCAGGAGGAAGUCUAACUCUGAAUUAAGGCCUUGAAUGCACCACCACUCUGUUCAGGGACUCUGGAAUCUGGUCCAGCUCAAAGGUGAUGGCAAACAAAAUCUCCCUGACAUCAUCAUCCUGACUGCAUUCACACCUGGAGGCAGGUCGGAGGUCACAUGACCAGCUGGUUUUUGGACAGUGGUGGAAAACUCCACUGGAAUCAAAUGGGCCUGAAUCCAGGAAGAGAUUCCUGAGUUAUUUGACCCCUGAUCCGAGUCCAGUCUGAGUUUGAACCGGAGCAGGUCUGAACCGUCUCAGGAUGGUGAAACCUGGAGAACUUUCCAA